GGUUAUGUCUCCCUGAUACAAAUGUCAAAACACAAAUUUUGCCUUCUGACGUCUUUUAACUUCAUAGCAGAAAGACACGAAUUAAUUAAUUCAAACACUAGCAAUAUUGCCUUUAUCCUUGUUAUAAGCGUAAUAAACAGGAAUAUCUCGAGGUGAAAUGCAACUUUAAAAGAUGAUGUUUAUUAAGGAGGAGAGUGAGGACAAGUGUGAUCCAGAACCCUGCAGAAUAGACAAUGAGCACCAAGAAGGCCUCGAGGAAGUGAAAGAGGAAAGUCAAAUUCUGAAUGAAGUGGAGGAGAAACAUCAGCAUCAGAAAGCUCAUGAUGUCCUCACUGGAGAAAAAUCAUUGACUUGCUCCCAAACUGAAAACAAUUUCUCACAAAGCAGCACUCAAACAACAGUCAAAAAGCCUUUCACCUGCUCUCUGUGUGGAAAACAUUGUGCCCAUAGAGGUCACCUUAACGAUCACAUGUUAACUCACACCGGAGAGAAGCCGUUCACUUGCCCUCAGUGUGGAAGGAGAUUCUCACGCAGAAGAAACCUUAAUGAUCACAUACUAAUUCACAAUGAAGAGAAGCCUUUCGUCUGUCCUCGGUGUGGAAAGAGGUACAAACGUAACGAACACUUUCGAAGUCACUUACUAAGUCACGAUAGAGGCAAACCCUUCACCUGCUCUCAAUGUGGAAAGAGUUUCAGUUAUAAACGAUCCCUUAAUGAUCACAUCAAAAUUCACACUGGAGAGUGUCUUCACACAUGCCUUCAGUGCGGAAAGAGUUUCCUGAAUAAAGGACACCUUAAGGAACACAUAAAAAUCCACACCGGAGAGCGACCUUUCGCCUGCUCUCAGUGUGGAAAGAGCUUCAUCAGUAAACGAGACGUUACAUAUCACAUGAGAAUUCAUACUGAAGAGAAGCCUUUUAAAUGCCUUCAGUGUGGAAAGGGUUUUGCAUGGGCAAGCUGUCUGAAAAUUCAUAUGCGCCACUCUCACUCUGAAGAAAGGGAGUUUACCUGUGAGCACUGCAAUAAAACAUUUGUUUUAGAGUCAUACCUAAAGAGACACUUGAAAAUUCAUCAAAACGAGAAACCUUUUGUCUGUUCGUUUUGCGGAAAAAGUUUUUUAUGGCUCCUGUGUUUCAAAGCACACCAGAAAAUACACGAGGGUGUGAAAACCCAUGUUUGCUCAGAGUGUGGGAGAGCCUUUACUACAGCCGAUUAUUUGAUAAAACACCAAAAAGUCCAUACGGGAGAACGGCUGUACAUGUGCUUAUAUUGUGGAAAGAGUUUCAGUAAGAAAGCAAACCUGGGAGAACAUGUAAGACUGCAUACUGGAGAGAAGCCAUACACCUGCGCUCAAUGUGGAAGCAGCUUCACCUCAGCGAAAGGUCUAAGUUAUCACAGAGAAAAGCAGUGUUCCUAAAGUGUGCCAAAUUCAUGCUCCGUUGAAAUCCAGAUAGUGUCAGAUAUGCCCAAAGAUUGCAUUUCUACCAAAAAAGCAAUUACAUCUACAACAUUUAGUGGCGAAUAAGCUCUCAUUCAAUGUAAAUGGCAGCAGAAAGUUUGUGCAUCUAGCACUUUAUUGUUAAAGAAAACUUAAGGUAAAGAAUUAAUUCAGAAAACCAAGGGAGUGAGAGUGGUCUGGAAAACUAAAUUUUUUAUAAUACAUAAAUGUAAAUGUAGACCUUAUGUAGCUCCGCCCCGUUGUCUUCUGUCUUCCCACAGCGUGAAGGUAUGGGUCGUACGAAUUUAUGAAUGAACCGCUCGUUUUAAAAUCUUCCCGGUCAACCGACAUUUGUUACCACAUCCGCUUCGAACAUUACAAUGCACGUGAUAACAUGUUAACUCUACAAUAAGUAAAUCCACUUCAGAUAAUUACUCUUUAACAGUGAUGCUAUAGAGCUACUACAAAAACAGAAGUUCAAAGAAAAAAAUCUAAAGAUUGCUGUGCACUUGUUUCUCUGACACAUAAGGUCUAUAGAUAUAUAAUAUAUUUAGAAAGGGCCAAGCAUAUACAGUAUA